AUGUCUAUUCACAAUUUCAGCAUCACCAGCACAUUCGACUUACACAAAGCGAUUCCUCCGGGGAUCAGUCAGACUCCACAAGUGGGCGAGUCGUACGAAAAGGCCAACUCCGGUCCUAUCUUAGCAUCGACUUCGAGUAAGGCUCCAGAUGGUGGUCUGAAUGCGUGGCUAGUAGUGUUUGGUGCCUGGUGUACCUCCUUCUGCAGUUUCGGGUGGAACAACAGCAUUGGCACUUUUCAGCAGUACUAUCAAACAGAGCUUCUGCAGCAAUAUUCGCCAGGAACAAUAUCCUGGAUCCCCUCCUUGCAGAUAUUCUUCAUGUUCGCUAUGGGUCCAAUCGUUGGCAGACUUUACGAUCGUUACGGGCCACGAUACCUGAUAUUCGUUGGGUCCUUCCUCCAUGUCUUCGGAUUGAUGAUGACGUCCAUCUCGACAAAGUACUAUCAAAUCAUGCUUUCUCAAAGUGUCUGUAGUGCUAUCGGCGUUUCACUUAUAUUCCAGCCAGCUCUCAAUGCCAUCGCCAGCUGGUUCGAUAAGAAACGUGGUAUAGCCUAUGGCAUCCUUUCCACUGGGUCUAGCGUCGGCGGCAUCGUCUUUCCCAUCAUGACUAGUCGCCUCAUUCCGUCCGUGGGUUUUGCAUGGACAUUGCGUAUCGCUGCUUUUCUGAUCCUCUUCUUGCUUAUUCUCGCUUGCUUGACUGUCAAGUCUCGAUUUCCUCCCAAUCGGCAGGUUGUCACCAGAAAACAACUUGUCGCGCCAUUCCAUGAGCCAGAAUUCCUUGCUCUCAACGCCGGACUGUGUUUAUUCACAUUCGGCAUGUUUAUUCCCAUCAACUACUUUGUGGUGGAAGCUACGGCCAAUGGGAUGAGCCGAGGUAUAGCACAAUACCUCGUCGCCAUGUUCAAUGCUGCUAGUCUCUUUGGUCGUCUCCUCACCGGAUAUCUAGCCGACCGUAUCGGAAAAUACAACGUCUUCACCUUGGCUGCGUUCGCCACUGGAACAAGUACCUUAGCCUUGUGGCUUCCAUCCGGCAGAAACGAUGCUGCACAUAUCGCGUAUUCAGUUCUAUAUGGAUUCUUCUCCGGCGCUUAUGUCUCCCUGAUAGCGGGUCUGGUAGCACAAAUUUCUCCAAUAGAGCAAAUUGGAUUCAGGACGGGACUGGUGUUCUUCGUCAACAGCAUUGGAGCGUUAACGACGUCGCCUAUUGCUGGCGCGAUCCUGGACAGGGAGAAUGGAAGAUGGACGGGAGUCAAAGUAUUCUCUGGUGUUCUCUGCAUCGCAGGCACAGCGUUCGUGUUUGGGGCGAGAAUCUACAAAGUCGGCUGGAAGUUCAAUGUCCUCUUCUGA